AUGGCGUCAACCCUCCGUCUAAGCUCCUCUGUCUUUCGAACUACGCUUCGGGCCCCCAGUUUUGCGGCCCGUACCACAGCGUUCAACGCAGCACGAUGCUAUUCUUCUUCUAAAAGCCAGACAUUGAAGGAACGCUUUGCCGAGCUACUCCCUGAGAAGAUCGAAGAGAUCAAGGCCCUAAGAAAAGAGCAUGGCUCCAAGGUCGUCGACAAGGUCACCCUCGACCAGGUCUAUGGUGGUGCCCGAGGAAUCAAAGCUCUAGUAUGGGAAGGUUCAGUCCUCGACUCCGAGGAGGGUAUUCGCUUCCGAGGCAAGACGAUCCCCGAGUGCCAGGAAGUUCUUCCCAAGGCCCCCGGCGGCAAGGAGCCCCUACCCGAAGGUCUUUUCUGGCUGCUCCUGACCGGUGAGGUCCCUACUGAGCAACAGGUUCGCGACCUCUCUGCUGAGUGGGCCGCUCGAUCCGACGUCCCCAAGUUCGUCGAGGAACUUAUCGACCGCUGCCCUACCGACCUCCACCCGAUGGCGCAGUUCUCCCUUGCUGUCACCGCACUUGAGCACACCUCGUCUUUCGCUAAGGCUUAUGCCAAGGGUCUUAACAAGAAGGACUACUGGGGAUACACCUUCGAGGACUCGAUGGACUUGAUCGCCAAGCUCCCCACUAUUGCUUCUCGCAUCUACCAGAACGUCUUCAAGGGCGGAAAGGUUGCGCCGGUUCAGAAGGACAAGGACUACAGUUUCAACUUCGCCAACCAGCUGGGCUUUGGCGAGAACAAGGACUUCAUCGAGUUGUUGCGACUAUACUUGACCAUCCACACUGACCACGAGGGUGGCAACGUCAGCGCCCACACUACUCACCUUGUUGGCAGUGCUUUGAGCUCUCCUUUCCUAUCGCUCGCCGCUGGUCUAAACGGUCUUGCCGGCCCUCUUCACGGUCUUGCCAACCAGGAGGUCUUGAACUGGCUUACUGAGAUGAAGAAGGUGAUUGGUGAUGACCUAAGCGACGCUAAGAUCACCGAGUACUUGUGGUCCACUCUCAACUCCGGCCGAGUUGUUCCCGGUUACGGCCACGCCGUUCUCCGCAAGACGGACCCCCGAUACACCGCUCAGCGAACAUUCGCCCUAGAGAAGAUGCCCAACGACCCCAUGUUCCAGCUAGUCAGCCAGGUUUACAAGAUCGCCCCCAAGGUCCUGACCGAGCACGGCAAGACCAAGAACCCGUUCCCCAACGUCGAUGCUCACUCCGGUGUCCUCCUCCAGUACUACGGCCUGACUGAGGCUAACUACUACACCGUCCUAUUCGGUGUCUCGCGUGCCAUUGGUGUGCUACCGCAGCUCAUCAUCGACCGUGCCGUCGGUGCGCCGAUCGAGAGGCCCAAGAGUUUCUCUACUGCUAAGUGGAGCGAAAUCUGCAAGAACCUAUAA